AUGUCAGCAAUGCAAUUCUUGAAGAAUUCAAGAUGGAUAACAGGCUCAAGAUUUCUAUGGCAACCUGAAGACGAAUUGAUUGAACCUACCCCAAUCAAAGCUAUCCCAUUAGAAGAUCCCGAAGUUAAACAAUCCUGUUUUUCCACCAAUGUGAAAGAAACAUGGUCCCUCG